GUAUCCCCCCGCGCGCGCGCAUCGGAGUAAGAGCGAGAGAGAAGGAGGACAUUCCAGGCCGAGAGAGAGCAUGCAGUGAUUCGAUGCGUUUAGUUGCGUGUGGUCGUCGCGUGGACGCCGUGAGGGCCGGGUCUCUUAUUCAAUGAACUGAUAAAGACGGGAUAAACAUGCACUGGUUAAUACGCCUGUGUGUCCUCGCGGUCCUGCUGGCGCACAGCAUAGACGCGAACAGCGACGAGGCGCCGUUAACCAAGCUCGGCGCAAAAACCGGGCCGACCCUGAGGUUCUUCUACUGCUACUCGUGCGGCUAUAGGAAAGCCUUCGAGCAGUAUGUGAGCAUUCUUAAGCAGAAGUAUCCGGAGCUCCACGUCGAGGGCGAGAACUUUAAUCCACCCGGUUAUAACAUGCUAAUCGCCAAAGUGCUGGGAACACUGAAGAUACUGAUAAUCAUCCUAGUCGUGACCGGGAUCAACUUUGGUCUGCCACUGACGUCGGUGUGGCAGUGGUGUGUGAACAAUCGCUUUUAUUCCUGUAUAUUGAUUUUCCUGAUCGGUAACGCCAUAGAGGGUCAGUUGGUCUCGUCGGGUGCAUUCGAGAUACAUUUCAAUGAUGUUCCUGUCUGGUCGAAGCUCGAAACCGGCAGGAUACCGCAGCCGCUUGAGUUAUUUCAAAUUAUUGACUUUCACUUAGAUAUGCAAUUCUCAGAAAUGGACGUAGGAAAGAUCAAGUUCCAGACGUAAGAUAUAAUGUUUUCAUAUUCUAAAGUCGAUAAGUCUAAACCGUGUACCAUGCCAGGGAGCUCACUAACGGUGUAAUGUGAUGGAAAUGAUGUACAAUAUACUUGUUAAGUAAGUAAGGUUCUCUACUGUACAUCUUAUCAUAGAAAAUAAUUCCAGUAAGACUACGAACAUAUAAGUGUAAUUGAAAUAAAGCUGUUACCAAAA